AUGCCAACAUGGAUAAGAAUGCGUUCAACAAGGGUAGACAUUAAGGGCAUAUUAGUAACAUCUACCGCGGAUGUGGCUGUAUCUUGUUUAAGCCAGGCACGAUUUACUUCUGACAGUUAUCUUGCAUUGCCUACGACAAAAUUGGGUCGCAAGUACGUGGUUGCUUCCUAUGCAAAAACAAAUUUGGGGAUAAUUUCAACUGAAGACAACACAGUUGUCAGUAUCAAACUCAAUGCAGACGGGGUUCUUCGAUACGGUCGAAAGUUAUACAGGAAAGGAAAAAAUAUAAUGUUGAGAUUGAAUAGGUUGGGAACAUUUCACAUUGAUCAUAAUGCAGAUCUUUCUGGGACAAUUAUUGAAGCAAAUAAGGCUAUAGCGGUUCUAUCCGGUGAUAAAUGUGCUAAAGUUAACACUCGGUAUUGCGAUCAUCUCAUCGAAUUCCUUCUUCCCGUACAGAACUGGGGCACAGAAUUUGUAGUUGCGACAACAGGGCGGAUGAACAAGAAUGCUGGAGACAUUUAUCGUGUGUUCGCUUAUGAAAACGAUACUCGUGUUCGCAAUAAAGAUGGAUAUCGUCUGCUACAAUCGGGGCAGUUUACUGAAUAUGAUUUAGGCGAUAAGUUGGCCGCAUUCUUCGAGUGUGGUAAGCCUUGCCAAGUUGUCCAAUAUAUCAAGGGAUAUUUAAGAACGCGAGGUACAGAAGUUGAUUCAUCAUUGCUUAUCGUGCCGUCUAUCGAUCAUUUCCUCGAUACGUAUAAUGUAUAUUUGUCUUGGACGAAAGAGAACGGGUUCCAACAUUCUGUGACUCUCCUCACUAAAUCCUCCGAGAAAGAGGGCCUCUUAGUGAAUGGAGGAAACACGACUUCACUCCAGUGGCAAAACAUUGAAGGAACUAAACUUUCGUGGACAAUUCUUCAAAUUUCAAGCAAGUGCACAAUUUCCCACAGAUCGCGUGAUGCGUUAUUUGGCGCCUUGGUAUUUGGGGAAGCUGCAUAUCAUUCUCAUGGUUACCCAGCUGGAUUAAAUACUCUCAUAACGAGAGCUGUCACAGCCACUUGGUCGCGAUGGUCUGAAUGGUCCGAAUGCACUGUUUCGUGUAAUACGGGAACCCAAGUGCGAACAAGGACAUGUACGGGAACAAACUUAAUACAGAAUGACAACCGGCGAUGUCCUGGCGCGGCUUCAGAAAGUCGAGAGUGUGCAACAUGGAAAUGUCGAAGCAUUUGUAGAAAAAUUUCAUUCAUUGAAAAUGGCCAUGUAAAAGAAGAAGGUGAUGAAGUAAGUUUUGUUUGCAAUGAGGGCUAUGUGUUGGUUGGAGAGAAAGUUUUAAGAUGCACAGGGAAUGGAAGAUGGAGUGGCUUAGAACCACAGUGCAAAGCGAUUUGCAGGAGCAUUCUAUCAAUUGAAAGCGGUCAGGUAAUCGGAAAUGGAAACGUGGAAGGGGAUCAAGUGAGAUUUGUUUGUGAUCGGAACUACGUUCUAGUGGGUGAAGAAUUUUUAAGAUGUACAAACACUGGAAACUGGAGUGCUUCAAAACCAAUUUGUAAAGGUGAACUAGGCUAA